AUGCGUGUUCAAAUCAAAGGUAUUGAUGCAGCCAAUAAAAAUGCCACUGACGCUCUAUCCAUGUUGCAAACAGCAGAUGGAUACUUAUCUGAAGUGAAUAAUUUAAUAAAGAAUUUUAAGGCAUUAGCUGUACAAGCUGCUAAUAGCAUCUAUUCAGAUGCAGAAAGGCAAUUUUCCAAUUUUGCCAUAAGAGAAAUAGUGGCUGAAAUUGAUAGGAUUUCUUCUCACGCAGAAUUUAAUGGUCUUAAACUACUCACUGGCAAUUAUUCACGGCCUACUGCUGACUCAGUUCCUCUUAUGUCGCUAUGGUUUCAUAUAGGACACAACGCUGCGAAAGACUCUAAUGCUAUUCGAGCCUAUAUUAAUACUUUCAACUCAACAGCUCUUCAAAUUAAUGAAAUUAGUUUGAGCAACCCAACAUUGGCACUUGAUGCUUUACAGAAAGUUGACUUAGCUUUAAGUGCAGUUGCUCAAAGAAGAAAUGACUUGGCCUCCUAUCAAGCUCGUUUAGAUAGCAUUAUUACUACAACAAGUAUAGCUAAGGAAAACGCUAUUGCGAGUGAAAGUGUAAUUCGAGAUACUGAUAUUGCUGAAGAAGUUAGUGAGCUAACUAAAAAUUUGAUUGUUAAUCAGGCCAAUAUAGCUAUGAUUGCUCAGGCUAAUGCUCAAUUACAAACUGUUUUAGCUUUGCUCGGUUAA